AUGGAUUAGCAUAAACUAUAAUUUAAGGAAGAUCAAAUAAUGAAACCUUUUAAAUAGGAGAGAUUUAAUAUCAAAUAAUUUUAAAGAGAUUUAGAAAUUAAUAUUCUGUCAAAAACAGAUGAGAAGAUAGUAUUUGAGAUAAUCAAUAUCGAUGCUCCCAUAGCUAAUUCUUUAAGAAGAAUAAUGAUUGCAGAAAUCCCUACAAUGGCAAUCCAUAAGGUUUAAGUAAUCCAAAACACCAGCGUAAUACCAGAUGAAGUUUUAGCUCACAGAUUGGGAUUAAUUCCAAUUAUUGCAGACCCUCUGUAAUUCGUUGAAAAAGAUGAUUAAGAAGAAUAUAACGAGUUAAACUCAAUUGAUUUUACAUUAUAUGCGAAAUGCGAGAAAAAACCAAAUAGCAAGUAGGAUGACCCAAUUGAAUAACAAUAUACUAAUACAACAGUGCAUUCAAGCAGUUUAAUUUGGUAACCAAAAGGACAACAAGCUAAAUUAUUUGCUGCUAAUCCAAUUCGUCCAGUUCACUCAAAUAUUAUCAUUGCUAAAUUAAGGGAAAAUCAAGAACUCAAUUUAAGAUUGAUUUGCGAGAAAGGUGUAGGCAAGAGACAUGCAAAAUGGUCUCCUGUUUGCACAGCCUUCUAUAAAUUAAUGCCAUCAAUUACUAUAAAAAAUUAAUUAGAUGCUUAAAGAUAAGAGAAGUUGGCAUCUAUUUGUCCGAUGAAAGUUUUUGGAAUAAAAGGAAAUUAAAUAAAAGUUGUGAAUCCAAGAAAUUGUACUACUUGUAGAGAAUGUGUAAGAGAAGCAAAUGGAUUUGAGAAGGAUGUAGAAUUAAAUAAAAUAGAUAAUCAUUUUAUUUUCUCUAUUGAAAGUGUUGGAUAAUACGAAGCCAAAGAUAUAAUGUUGUAGGCUAUAGAUGUAUUUAGAUCGAAGGUGUAAUUGUACAUUAAAGAAUGA